AUCUGUCUGGUUGAGAAUGCAUUUAAAACCGCAAAUCAACCAAGCAGCAUUAUAAAAUCAUGGAUCAGUCUUUGGACGUCGCGUUAAAAGUAGACCAAACAAAUGUGGAACGGGACAGUAAUGACAAUUUUCGAAAAUUGCUGUUCAGCGUGGACAUAAAAAUCGAAAAAGAGGCAGAAACAAAUGACGAAGAUUGGUGUGUAGAUAAUUUUGAAGCCGGCAAUCUUUUGGAGCCGCUGUAUUUUAAACAGGUGGUGGAGCCCCAGGGUGUACAAUGCCCGUUGUGCUAUAGAUACUUUUUAGACCGAUACGAUGUCUACAAACAUAAUCUGGCCCAUCUCCAAGUUGCUAUUACCAAUCCGGCAUAUUUCCGAUGUGAUAUCUGCAACUCUUGCUUCGACAACAUUAAGUCUAUUGAGCGUCAUAUGCCUAAACAUAACAAAAGUAUUACGAAUACGUUACCAUAUAAACCUAAAGCUUACAAUAAAGCAGAUUAUGAUUUUAAGCUCAUCAACUCCUACGAAAAACUAAAACCAUAUGAGUCAAAACAUAAUUUUUCAAAGACAAAUUAUGAAGACAAUGAAUCUAAAAAAAAAUUUAGAGAUGGUAUGACUGACUCCUCGAAUGAACCAAGAGUUUUACAAGUAACAAACAAAUUGCACCAAUGUAAUAUAUGCCAAAAGACAUACUCAUACAGCGCCUGGCAUGGACAUAUGCAUGAAGUACAUGGUAUGGGUAAAUACACAUGCGAAUUUUGUGACAUGGUCUUCAAGUGCAAGCGAUAUUUGAACAGGCACUUGCGGAAUAAACAUCUCGGGAAACGUCAGCGAAAAGGAUUACUGAAAAUGGACGUCAAAUGUGACCAAUGUGAUGCUGUUUUGCAGAAUUUAAGCGCUUUAACUACGCACCGGAGGAAUGUCCAUAGUGCUAGUAAACAUGUGUGUGAAAUUUGUAAGUCGACAUUGAAAUGCAAGUCAUAUUUGCUGGCGCAUAUGCGGAGAGUGCAUAGCGACGGGAAGCAGCAUGAAUGUGAAUGUGGGAAGAGUUUUAAAACUCAUAGGUAUUUAUUGGUGCACAAACGGAACGCACAUUCUAAUAAGAAAAAAGAUAAAGUAAAGUCAGAAGUAAAAACUGAAGGAUCGUGAAAAAUCACAAAAAAUUGUCAGUGACAGUUCCAAACGAGUAUUGUGACAACGCCAUCUACUGACAUUUAUUUAAAGUGUAUCGCAUAAACCAAAUGAGUACAAAUAGCACUUAGUACAUUUCAACCCCAAU